AUGAUAACUGGAGGCGUGAUUGCGUACGACUUCUUGCUGGAUUUUGAAAUCCGAGCGUGUACGUUCUGUUUCCCCAGGAUCCGGCCACAAAUAGCGCGAGAGAUCAUCGGAAUGUGUCGAGUGUGUACGAGUACCACUCCAGGAGUGCCACAAGUGUGGCUGGGAUCCGACGAGGCCUUCACGUAUGACUAUGUCUUUGACAUGGGCAGCACCCAAGAAGCCAUUUACAGGACCUGUGUUAACCAUCUCAUCGAGGGGUGCUUUGAGGGCUAUAAUGCGACGGUGUUCGCAUAUGGGCAGACUGGCUCUGGGAAAACGUACACGAUGGGCACCGGCUUCGACAUGGAGCUCUCGUCGGAGCAAGUCGGGAUCAUCCCUCGAGCGAUGAAGCAUCUCUUUGAGGGGAUCGAUCGCCGCCGAGCAGAUGCUCGAAUCAAGGGAGAGUCUGCCCCCGAAUUCAAAGUCACGGCUCAGUUCCUGGAACUCUACAAUGAAGAAAUCUACGAUCUCCUCGACUCCAGUCAGACGCCUUAUCGACGAGUGAGAGGAAUCGCCCGUCGCUUUCGGAGUAUUUCCCACGCAAUUCGUAUGCAGAACGACUUGCAAACCCUUUUUUUUUUUUUCAAGGGAACGAGAUCGAACUUCAGGAUCCACGAGGACCCAGUCGGUGGAAUUUACGUUGCGGGGGUGAUCAAGAAGCCCAUCGCCUCGCCAGACGAGGCCCUGUCGCUCCUCCGGGUGGGGGCGCUGGCCAGGACGACGGGGAGCACGCAGAUGAACUCGCAGUCGUCGCGCUCUCAUGCGAUCUUCACGAUCUGUGUUAUGCAGCAGAGGGUUACUAAGAUUCAGGCGAACGGCGAAACCGUCGACGGCGAGGCCCCAAGCAUCGAGGGCAUGAGCGAGUUGGAGACCCUCACGGCCAAGUUUCACUUCGUGGACCUGGCCGGGUCGGAGCGGCUGAAGCGGACCGGAGCGACCGGCAGCCGGGCCAAGGAGGGCAUCUCCAUCAACUGCGGCCUCUUGGCUUUGGGGAACGUGAUAUCUGCGCUUGGAGACACUUCCAAGAAGUCCACGUUUGUUCCAUAUCGGGACUCGAAGCUCACGCGACUCCUUCAGGAUUCGCUCGGAGGGAACAGCAAGACCGUAAUGAUUGCCUGCGUGAGUCCGAGUGACCAGGAUUUUGUGGAGACUCGCAGCACGAUGAAAUAUGCGAACCGAGCGCGGAACAUCAAGAAUAAGAUCACCGUGAACCAGGACAAGUCGAGCAAGACGAUUGCCUUGCUCAGGCAGCAGAUUCAGCAACUGGAGCUGGAACUGCUGGAAUACAAACAGGGGAAACGUGUGAUCACCGAAGAUGGAUCCGAGGCAGUGAACGACAUGUAUCACGAGAACAUGAUGCUGCAAUCCGAUAGCAACAACUUGCGAAUCCGUAUCAAGGCUCUGCAGGAGACUGUUGAGAAUCUGACUCAGAGAAAUCAGCAGUUGAUGUUCGAAAGGGACCAGGGCCUUUGGAUGACCGAUUCUAGUCAUGAUGGUGCAUCUGACAUGAGCCAGGUUGUUGGCCAGUACCUGAUGGAGAUAGAAACGUUGAGGGGCAAGCUCAUAGAAUCGGAGUCCACCUGUGAGCAGCUCCGAAAGACGGCAUUUCGGGGGGGGAGACUUUCGAUCACGGCACCUCCUGGCAUGACCCGAAGUUCCAUUGGUGUAGCUGAUGGUGAAAGCGUGAAGGACAUGGGUCUGGAGCCUUCCAUUCGCAUGCUUCUGGCAGAAGCCAAGAAGGAGAUAGAGGAGAAAGAAAACCUACUCAGAGUAAGGGGCAGCAAAACUCGGAUCUCUCAAGAGGGAGACGAGAACGAGAACGAGGACGGAGACGAAGCGGAGCUUGCCGACGCGGAGGAGAGCUCUGACUCGGACAAUAAAGAAAGCCUGCUGCUGGAAUCUGAAGAGGCUCUGGCCGAGCUGACUCAAGAGAUGAGUUUGAAACGCCAGCUCAUUGAGCAGCUAGAACUAACUCAGAAUAAGUACAUGGCUAUGAGGGAACAGUAUGAAAGCAAACUGCUACAGCUCAAGGAGUGCAUUCGACAGACCGAGGAAGAACGAGACCGUGUCCUCUCCACAAUAAAUGUGACAUCAUCUGAGAGUGAAGAGAAGGUCAAGAAAGUGAAGGCUGAGUACGAGAAAAAGAUUGAGGACCUGCAAAGAGAAUUGAAAAGCAUGCAGAAGGCAAAGCGAGAGCAUGCCAAAGUCACACGGGAAAACAGCCAGCUCGGGACCCAACUGAAGAAGCUACGCAAUGACCUCGAGCAGCUGAAACACACCAAAGUGAAGCUCAUGAGUAAGAUCAAAGAAGAGGCACAGAGGAACAAGGUGCUAGAUCAGAAGCGCACCAAAGAAAUCUCCCAACUGCGAAAGAACUUCAGAAUCCAAGAGAAUCAAAUUACGAAGCUGGAAUCAGAGAAGCGAGUGAGGGAGGUGGUGCUGAAGAGGAAGCAGGAGGAGGUUGCUGCUCUAAGAAAGAUUGUGCGUGGCCCUAUGAGUGAGAAAGCAUCUGGUCGAGUGGCAGGGAAGCAGCAGCUUGCCAACUCGGUCCUCGCAUCGCCGAAGGCCAUGAAGUCUCGCUGGCUUCAACUUGAGAAGGGAAUCACCGAAGUAGCCCUGAAUAAAAGGACUCUCUCAAACCUAGAACGAGACAUGGAGAGGUACUUACAAGAUCGGGAGCAGUUGCGCCGUCGCCUGGAGCUGGUAUCCCGCAAACGAGACGAGGAAAUCAUGGGCUCAAGGGAUGAAGACCGUAUCCAUGAUCUGGAGGAGGAGAUGGAGAACCUCAAUUCCCACAUUGCUUACAUCAACAGCAACAUCACGGACUGCCAAGAGAGCAUCUCCCAGCUGGACCGUGAAAACUUGCCUGAUCACACUGAUCUGGAUGGACUUCUCAUCUCACUUGACGAUGAGGCCCGCUAUCUCGUGGAGAAACUCGUUUCCAUGGCCAUCAAUCAGAGCUUUGCAGCCUCCCAGAAUGAGGCCAUGUUUCGGGAGAAGGAAAAUGAACUCAAACAGAUUAUGUAUGACAAUCGGAUGAAGGAGGAAUUGCUUGAGCACCUCUGCCAAAGGCAGGAUGAUCUCCGUUGUUUCCCUAAACCAGCUGACUGGGAUGACAUCAUGGAAGGAAAGACUGAUUCAGAACCUGAACCUGAACCUUUACCUCAAUAUGACGAGGUACAGCAGAUAAGGCCAAAAAUUAGACGGAAGACAGCAACUCUUGAAGAGCUGCUCUCCCAAUCAAAGUCAAAUCACCCUUCCCCAAUCAUGGAAGAAGAUGAGAAUCGAAACAAGAGCCCUCCAAAGGCAAGGCGAGUCUUGACUCUGGACAGCUUGAAGAUGGUUCAAUCUGCUCCAGACAUGCAUACAUCCCCAGUUCAAGAUACACGUAAUCGACUCUUCAUCCCGCCAUCCCCAAAGCGGGAAAAGAAGAUGCCAUCUCCCCACUCCCAGCCUCUCCUCAUGCAUUGUCCUCUCAGAGUACAGGGUGUAACUGUUCCUUCAUUCUGCAGGGAGACAGAAACAGCAACAAUCACCAUUAGCAGCAGUCCAUCUUCACCAGCAUCCAUGCGUCGUAAUGAGAACGUUUUCUCGCGUCUGUCGGUGAUGCCAAAGCGUCCUGAGAGCCACAGGGAAAGGGGAACCAUCAAAUCAGUUGGCCAACGGUCUGGACGACUUUCUAAUUGGCCCCUCAUCCCUACCCACAAAGCAACUGGGCACACCAAGGCUGUUCUCUCAGUCUUUGCCACAGAGAAUCUCCUCUUCAGUGCCUCUAAAGACCGAACAGUGAAAGUUUGGGACUUAAACACUGGUCAGGAGAUCUCAACACUUGGUAUUCAUCCCAACAAUGUGGUGAAGGUCAAGUAUACUGAAGAUAAGAAUCUUGCCUUCACUGCCUCUGCAUCUUAUAUCAGUGUUUGGGAUCUCAGACUUGGACCUUUCCAGUGCAUCAAGACCCUAACGUCCUCGGGCAUGGCCCAGACUGGACCCUUGCAUCUUGCCACUCCAUCCAGAAUUGCUCAGAUGCCAGCUGGGGAACAUCCCAUCAAUGACAUUUCUAUUGGUGCAGGAGGGAACUGUCUUUUUGCUGCCUCCAGUGAUAAAGUCCGUGUGUGGGACCUUCGAAGGUUCGAGGCAUAUGGAAAGCUCAGUGGUGGGCACCAAGCUGCUGUCAUGUGCCUUGCUGCAUUAGAUGAUUCAUCUGGGAAAGUCACUAUUGCAACUGGCUCCAAAGAUCAUACUAUCAAGGUGUUUGAAGUCCCCAAAAACUGCUCUGGCAUGGUGACUCCUACAUUGAAUCUACAGCCCCCCCACUAUGAUGGGAUUCAAUGCCUUGCCCUGCAGGACAACAUUCUCUUCUCGGGGUCUCGUGAUAAGAGCAUUAAGAAGUGGGACUUGUCCUUGGGACAGCCAGUGCAAAGUCUGAACAAUGUCCAUCCCGACUGGGUGAUGGGGCUCACGUUUGCUCCUCCUUUUCCGUUGUUGCUCUCCUGCUGUCGCGGCGGUAACAUCCGCGUCUGGAACGUGGACACCUGCGACCUCCUCGGGGACAUGAAGGGUCACGAAUCUCCUAUCAAUGCCAUCACCACCAACUCCUCAUGCAUCUUCACGGCUUCCAAGUAUGUUGUAGAGCCUACUUUCUUUACUUCUGGGGGGCUGGAGUGCAUCAGCCUCCUUCAUUGAAGAGUAAUGACUUUCCAUUGCAGUGAAACAGUCUGGCUCUGGAAGCUUUCCAGAAACUUCCAUCGCCUCAACACCCUCUCCCGAUCCAUUUAGUUCCCUCUUACCCGUAUUUAUUUUGUCCCCAAUUCCCAGUUUAUUAAGUUUUCUUUAGUUUGUUUUUUAGUUUGUUAUCCUCCGUUUCCUUCACCAUUUAGCGAUUGUUCUGUGAUGCUGUGGCGACUCCGGGACUCCAUGGCCUCCGAGGAAGGAAGUGAUUGUAGCGAGAGCACCUAGAGCAGCACAGAAGCAGGUCAAGAGCUGUGAUGUACCUUAUCAGUGAGCUCAACUCUCAAGCAAGAGGUUGUGAACCCAUGUGUGAUUUUUAUUAGUCUCCACCCUUCCAAACCCUUUUUGUCUUGGUCUUCCUAAGCAUCUGGAAUCUCUUCGUCCUUCCUCAUGUGUGAAGCUCAGGGAAUCAUCAUUGUUGUGAAAUGUGACCAAAUCAAGGUCUUUUUUUUUGAGCAAAAUGGAUACUAGAUUUCACCUUUCACAUCACUUCACAUUUAUGAUUUUUUUUCUAUUCUCACAUCAUAGUAGAUUUUAUUGGCUUCCAAUUCCAAUCAAGAGCAUUCCCAUCUUCAUUAACUAGUGAAUGUCAAGGACUGGUCUCAUGCCACAUUCCAGUGAAAUGCCUGGGACCAUGACAGCUUGGAGGCAAUGAAGAAUUUGAUCUAUUUGUGAUAUUCUGCACUGCAUCGACUAGACUCCUGGUAUUAAUAAUUAAAUAAAUCCUAGAUAUUCAUAUCAAAAGCCCAUUUGAUGCAGUUAAAUGAUUUAAUCGAACAAAUGGUUUUAUUUUUAGAGAGAUUUCUUUUCCUGAUAUUCAAUUUUCCCUUGUGAUGGAAAUUUCCC